CAGUUCAAGCAUGCCGGUGGACGGAGGAUGUUGAGGUGAGCUCUCUGAAUGCUCCUCACUAGGAUCUUUGCAGCUGUACAAACUCCCAGCAGUCUGAAACCAGCCGCAGUGCACCGGAGCUUCUGGUCUGAAGCCCGUCCCGGGUUUGCUCUGAAGCCCAUAAUGGAGCCUAAACUGUACCGGCCGCCACUGGAGGUCAGGGGAAUGACCUCUCUGGACAAAGAGGCCUUCACACAGAACAUCACAGUCCCAGCUCUACGGGUGCCCACGAGGGUCCUGAAUAAAGUAGUAAAGAGUCUGAAGAAGUCGACCAUCCAGCGCCCAGGGGUGCCCAGAGUGGUUCAAGACAAAGAGGAGAGCAGUGACUUUCGUUUAGUCCUGUUGGACCCUCACAAAGUGUCCUCGCCGAGCUCCUUCAGCGAGGCCGAAGCGGAGGCUCUGAGGUCGUUCAGCGUCGCCGAGGAGCUGCACUACUACGAGCUGAGGCUGACCUACGACAACCUGAAGAGUGAAGAGGUGCUGGAGGCCGUGCUGCCUCAAGGGCAGGACGUGACCUCUGCGUUCAGCCGGGUGGGACACAUCGCACACAUGAACCUGAGGGACCACCAGCUCCCGUACAGGAACCUCAUAGGUCAGGUGAUCAUGGACAAAAAUCCUGGUGUCACUUGUGUGGUCAAUAAGAUGAACAUAAUCGACUCCACUUACCGCAACUUCAAGAUGGAGGUGCUGGCUGGAGAGGAGAACAUGGUCGCCAAAGUGAAGGAAAACGGGGUGACGUACGAGUUUGAUUUCUCUCGUGUGUAUUGGAACCCUCGGCUGAGCACGGAGCACCAGCGAGUGGUGCAGCUCAUCAAGCGCGGUGACGCUGUGUUCGACGUGUUCGCUGGCGUGGGGCCCUUCGCCAUCCCAGCUGCCCGCCUGGGUGCCAACGUGUUAGCCAACGAUCUCAACCCAGAGUCCUACCGGUGGCUGCAGCACAACUGCAAACUCAACAAGGUGGAGAGCAAAGUGAGAAGCUUCAACCUGGACGGCAGAGCGUUCAUUCAGGGACCUUUGAAGCAGGAGCUGCCUGCGCUGCUGAAAGGAGAAGCCAGUGUUCAUGUGGUGAUGAACCUGCCUGCUUUAGCUCUGGAGUUCCUGGAUGCAUUCAGAGGCCUCCUGCACCAGGAGCCUCCCUGCGAGGAGAACCUACCGACUGUUUACUGCUACGGCUUCUCCAAAGACGACGACCCUGACACAGACGUGGUGCAGAGGGCUUCUCGCAGCCUCGGAUUCCCUCUGGAGAACAGAUGCUCUGUGCAUUUCGUGCGUAACGUAGCACCCAACAAAGAUAUGAUGUGUGUAAGAUUCACGCUACCGAAGGAGGUCCUCUUCUGCAGUGAUGAUGAACACACAGAGCCAUCAGAGGAACCAGCCCCAAAGAGACAGAAGUGUGAAGAAAGUACACAUUCAACGUAAUAAUCGUAUCGACCGGCACUGUGGGGAGUGCAAGAAACAUUUAAGUUGACAGUUUUUGUUUUUUUUAACCUGUCAUUUAAUAUCUUAUUACAGAUGUUGUUGCAUCAUGUCAUAAGAAGUCUUGACUCGGCUUCAGCUUGAUGAACUAAUUCCUUGUGUUCACACCCAAAUGUUAGAAUUAUUAUUUUUACUAAAUGCUGAGUUGGUUCAUUUUUAAAUAAAUCCGGACAAACACUCA